AUGCAGAGCAAGAAGAGAAGAUUAAAGCAGGAGAAGAUGAUAUUAUUAUUUUUAUUAGAUGUUAAGAAGAUGCUAAUAAUGAAUGCUAUUGAAUGGCAGCAACAACCACUUACUAGCAAGGAGACAUUCACCAAAAUACAUGCAUGGACAGACUACAGACUCCCAGGGAUAAAGACACCAAAUAACCUAUCAGAGAGAUAUAUAUGUGAUGCCUGGGCAGACGCAGUGUUUGUCUCCGCGAGGCUCAGACGGCAGCUCACCGGCCGAGACAGCCAGCCAGACGUCCUGUGGAACCCAGGAGGCAGCUCGGAAGGUCGCCGGCUGUAUUAUCAAUCGCCUCAACGUCGCCUUGUUUCCGUCAGCUACUCUCUCUCAGGCCGAUUUCAGCUGUUCAGAAGACUCAUUAUUACAGUUCGGAUAUCCGGAAGACGAACCGCAUAUAUACCAGCAGACAGCCACCACACAUACCAGCUAACCAGACGCCAAUAUCAACUACCGAUCCCCUACUACCAACAACAGCAUAUACCCAUAUCAAACCCCAUCAUCAAUACCACCAUCAUGCCCAGUCUAAAGAAAGAGUACCCCUGGAUCCAGGAACCACUCAUAAUAUGUCCUCCCAUGCUCCCCGUCGCAACAGGCGAGCUGGCCGCCGCCGUCUCAGCCGCACGCGGAAUCGGCUUCAUUGGACUCGGCAACAACAUCGACAAACUUGACGCCCAGCUCUCCCUGGCCGCUCACCACCUGCAAACAACACACGCCCAAACCAGCCUACAAACAGCCAACGCUGCAAUCCUACCUGUUGGAGUCGGGCUUUUAAACUGGGGCGUCAACCUCGAAGACGCACUGCCCUCUAUCAAAAAGCAUGUUCCGGCAGCUAUUUGGCUGUUCGGCGCUGCACGAGAGACCAUGACGGCUCUGUACGGGGAGUGGAUUGCUCGUGUCCACGCUGAGACGAACGGACUCACCAAGGUCUGGGUACAAGUUGGAUCUGUAGCAGACGCGCUGAGCGUAAUGGACGUUUCUGACGCCCAUCGGCCGGACGUGCUUGUUCUGCAGGGCUCGGAUGCAGGUGGUCACGGCCUGAAGAAGGGAGCAGGCAUAAUUACGCUUCUGCCUGAGGUGCAUGAUGCGUUGGCCGAGAAGAACAUUGGUAUCCCGCUGGUUGGAGCAGGUGGGAUUGCGGAUGGGCGCGGCGUGGCUGCUGCUUUGUGUCUGGGAGCCGAUGGUGUGGCGAUGGGCACGCGGUUCCUGGCCUGUAAGCAGACGGAUAUCAUGAAGGGGUAUCAGGAUGAAUUGAUCCGGGCAAGCGACGGGGGCCAGACAACUGUUCGCACAACUAUCUAUGAUCGGCUCAGGGGCUACGUGGACUGGCCGGAGGAGUAUGAUGGGCGCGGGAUGGUGAAUCAGAGCUACGUGGAUGAGCAGGCGGGCAUGUCUGACGAGGAGAAUAGGCGGCUGUAUGAAGUCGAGAAAACCAAGGGGGACGCAGGGUGGGGGGUUAAGGGCAGGAUGACCUCGUAUGCUGGGACGGGGGUAGGGUUGGUUAAGGCCGUGAUGACGGCGGAGGAGAUAGUGAGCCAGGCCCGCGACGAGGCCAGGAAAGUGCUUAAACUAGAUGUCUAG